AUUAACUCAAUUUUGGAUUUAGACAGAAUGGAAAUUAUUUUGUCAAAACAAUUCAUUUUGUUGACUUUAGCAACUUCAAGCUUAUUAACAGCAAACAUCUUUUGUACAGAUGAAGUACUAAUGCCCCAUUUUCACAGCAAAGAAAAUUAUGGCAAAUAUUCCCAGCCUGGAGAAAUCCCAAAAGGGGAAAAGGAAAGAAGUCUCAGUUUUCAAGAACUAAAAGAUUGGGGUGCAAAGAAUGUUAUUAAAAUGAGUCCAGCCCCUGCCAACAAAGUGCCCCACUCGGCAGCCAACCUGCCCCUGAGAUUUGGGAGGACUACGGAAGAGGGAAGAAGCCCCAGGGCACGCGCCAACAUGGCGGCGGGGACCUUUAGCCGUGUUCCCAGUCUACCCCAAAGGUUUGGGAGAACGACAACCAGAAGCAACCCCAGGACACUAAGGGGUUUGCUCCAGAGAUCCUUGCACUCACUGGCCGCCAGUGAGUCGCUCUACACCAUGACCUGCCAACAUCAGGAAAGCCAGUGUCCUGGUCAAAAGCAACCAAGGUAA